CUUUUCAGGAGGACGCAGGCAGCAGGAGCCAUCGCGACUCAUCACAUGGAACUAUAGUUGAUUAUAAAGUAUAUUAGUCGGAGUAUUUUCGAGAUCUGACGUUUAUACGGAACGAACUAAAGCCGUGUGGUGCCUCCAAACCGGACUCAUCUGGAGAGAGCAGAGCAGAAGGGGUCAGAGGUCCACACCAGACCUCCAGCGAGAUUCUAGGAAAGAAAGUAUUCACACUGGAUAAAAAACACAGACGUGGAUCAAAAGGCAGCUGGAGUUUUCACCCCAUCUGAUACCGACCUGUUGGUGGGUUGUUGUUUCGAUUUUUCUGCCUGGGUUCAAGUUGAAACAUGACUUGGUGGAUGAAGGAGAAAGCUCACUUUCAGGGAAGCUGGACACACACUGCUGCUGCUGCUGUGUGCACAAUUAUCACACUUCUUUCACAAGUGCUUUGUGUACACUCUGCGUCCUUCCAUUUCACGAAGGAGCCCAAAUCUCAGGAUGCACUGCACGGACGCAGUGCCAUGUUACGGUGUGAAGUGAACGAUCCUGGCGGCAUCACCUAUAGCUGGCUUCACAACGGCCAGCCCGUCUCUGACUCGGAGCGGCGCUUCCAAGAAGGAGGCAACCUGAAGUUCACCGCCAUCGACCGAACCCUGGACUCCGGCACUUUCCAGUGCGUGGCGACCAAAAACAUGACCGGAGAAGAGGAGCGCACAAGUGAAGCAAAUUUCAACAUUAAGUGGUUGGAAAGUGGUGGAGUGAUGCUUCAGAGUCCAGCCUUGGAGACGGAGAUCGAGAGCUCCUCGUCUGUGACGUUACGCUGUAAUAUUGAUGGACAUCCACGAACGCAGCAAGCCCGGAUCGCUCUUUAUCUGGAAUCGCUCAUGGAUCGCUUGAGUGGAACCUGGAAAUGUUUGCCGACAAAUCGCUGGUACAGAGACGGAGUGUUUUUAGCAGAGAAGAGCCAUAAGAUCAACAAUAAAGAGCGAACGCUGACUCUCCCCAGUGCCAGUCCUGAUGAUAACGGCGUCUACUACUGCUGUGCCAAAAACGCUGCUGGCCAAGUGUGCAGCAGCAUCAACUUCACCCUUAACAUCAUCGAUAAGAGUUACCCCCAACCGGUGGUGAAACCCGAGGAUCUGGUGGUGCUGAGAAACGAGGAGGCGCAUUUUCAUUGCCAGUUCACGGCUGAGCCGCAGCCCACUGUAGAGUGGUACCACGAGAAUGAGCUGAUCUCCAACAAGAGUCGUGUGUUCCUGCUCAACAAUGGCUCACUCUUCAUCAGCCAGGUGAAGCAGCGCAACACCGGCCGCUACAGGUGUGUGGCUCAGGGCCUCCGUGGCCUGCCUGUCUCAUUGGAGGCCUUUCUAAGAAUAGCGGAAAUCGAAGACAUGCAGCCUCGACAGUUUCGUGUUUUCACGGCCGACUCUCUGGAACGGGUCUCCUGCCAGCCUCCUCGCGGACAUCCCGAGCCCGAGGUGCGGUGGGAGUGGGCGGGUCAGCGUGUGCCUACUGAGGGGCGUGUGUUCCAAGAAGGUCUGGAUCUGGUGUUCAGCCCGACACGAGCAGAGGACUCGGGCAUCUACACCUGUAUCGCCCUGAACAAAGCUGGGGAGAGGAAACAGGAGCUCAUGGUCACUGUAGCCUCUCCACCUGAAUGGGUGCAGAAGCCAGAUAUAGAGAGCCAACUGCAAGAGGGGCAUGCUGGGUAUUUACACUGUUACACCCAUGCCACGCCUGACCCUGUGGUCACCUGGUAUCGCAACAUGCAACCAGUCAGUGCCGAGGAUGCACGUUUUAAACAAUUCUCCAAUGGAACCCUGCGUAUCAACAGUGUGGAAGUUUAUGAUGCCCAUGUGUACAACUGUGAGAGUAAAAACGAAGCAGGGAAACUAAAAGCCUCCGCCAAAGUCACUGUACUGGAGCGGCUAAAGUUCACCCCGACGCCACGGUCCUUGCAAUGCCAGGAGCUGGAUAAGGAGGGCAGCCUGCAGUGUUCUGCCAAGGGUCGUCUGCCUCCUACCAUCCUCUGGAGGAAAACUGAUGGCAGUGAGCUCCCUGCUUGGGUGGAACAGAAUGGAGGCACUCUGCUUUUCUCCAAAGUGACACGGGCAGAUGCAGGCAACUACACCUGUGUGGCCUCCAACAGCCUGCAAGGAGAGAUCCGUGCUGUGGUCCAGCUCACUGUCGCAGUGUAUGUGGCAUUCAAGCUGAAGCCAGAGAACACUACUGUGUAUCAGGGUCACACUGCUGUGCUGCACUGCCAAGCCACAGGAGAUCCUUCACCCUUCAUCCAGUGGAAAAAGAAAGACAAAUUCCUUGAGUCCAACAAGAGCAGGUUCCAGACAAUGCCCAAUGGCUCUCUGGUUAUUCAUGAUGUCAGUACAGAGGACACAGGCAGCUACACCUGCAUUGCUGGGAACAGCUGCAACAUCGCGCACACAUCUGCAGAGCUCUAUGUUGUGGAGAAGCCAGUGCAGCCCUCUCUGGCAGAUGAUGAGAGAGCUCCCUACAAGAUGAUCCAGACUGUCGGGUUAUCUGUGGGCGCAGCUGUUGCUUACAUCAUUGUCGUGCUUGGCCUCAUGUUCUACUGCAAGCAAAGACGCAAAGCUAAGAGACUGCAGAAGAGCCAGGACAAAGAGGAGCCCGAGAUGGAGUGUCUCAAUGGGGGUGCUGUGCAGCAGAAUGGCCAAACCACAGCGGAGAUUCAGGAAGACAUGCUGCUAAACGCCAUGCCUUCUACUGGGAACAACAAACGCCACAGCACUCAAGACAAACUUCAGUUCCCCCGUGCCAGCCUGACCGCCAUCACAACUCUGGGUAAGGGAGAGUUUGGUGAGGUGCUCCUGGCCAAGGUGAAGACCAGUGAGGAUGAGGAAGAAACGGCGGUUCUAGUGAAGAGUCUGCAGGCCAAAGAUGAGCAGGUGCAAUCAGAUUUUCGAAAGGAAUGCGAGAUGUUUGCUAAACUCAGCCACCAGAACAUCACACGUCUGCUGGGUGUGUGCAGAGAAGCAGAGCCAUACUACAUGAUCCUGGAAUACACCGAUAUGGGUGACCUGAAACAGUACCUAAAUAUCUCCAAAAGUAAAGAUGAGAAAGUGAAGGUGCACCCACUCGGCACCAAGCAGAAGGUGUCGGUGUGUCUGCAGGUUGCUCGUGGGAUGGAGCAUCUUUCCAACCAGCGCUUUGUCCACAGGGACCUGGCUGCACGCAACUGCCUCAUCAGUGCCAAGAGACAGGUCAAAGUGUCUGCGCUGGGCCUUAGCAAAGACGUCUACAACAGUGAGUAUUACCAUUACCGUCAGGCCUGGAUUCCCCUGCGUUGGCUUCCAUCCGAGUCUGUGUUUGAGGACGACUUCUCCACAAAGACAGAUGUGUGGUCUUUUGGUGUGCUCAUGUGGGAGGUCUUCAGCUUCGGAGAGCUUCCCUAUGCUGACUUGACUGACGACAAGGUCCUGGAAGGCCUUCAGGCAGGGACGCUGAAGCUGUCCCUUCCGCACAGCUGUCCAUCCCGCAUCUACAAGCUGAUGCUACGCUGCUGGGCCUCCAGUCCCAAAGACAGAGCGUCCUUCAGCGACAUUGUCACGGCCCUCAGCGACCUUCCCUCUGAGAGCAAAGUGUGAGCAAGGGUUCGGCUGCUAGGACUAUCAAGUCCGUAGUCUUUAGCUGUUAAGAAGCUUCAGUCUCUUCCUUCUCAGAGGAAAAACGGACUGUUUCUGAACAAUGGCUGGAUCUUGUGUGUUUUUUGACUCUCUUUUUCUACUUAUUGAUACAGCCCAUGUGUGGAGUUUGAGGAAGUUACGUUAUAUGCUGGAAUGAAUGAACAGCAGAAAUAAGAAUGAAAUUAAAGGCUACAUGUUCUGAGCUACGUUAAUGGAAAUAACCAUCAUUUCACCUCUGCUCCUCGAGCAGGAAGAGAACCUGUACACUCUCACCAAGUGCAUUUGUUAUAUAGACUCUUAAUACCAUGCACUGAUCAGUUUUUUUUUUUUUUGUAUUAUAGAAGGAUUGUUCCAGGAACCUCGUAAUUUAUUUUAAAGGUCCUGUUUUUUUUUUUUAAAUGUUUGUACUGUACAGAAAGGUACUGUUUAUAUUCAUCAUGUUAUUUGUUAGCUUGUUUUUCUUUUUCAUUUUUGAAAUCCAGACGAAAGCUGGGUUUGAAAAUGUUGAAAGAUUAUAUACCUGACUAGAGGUCACUGAUGUGAUAUAUAAAUUUCAGCUGAAGUCCCUGUAAGAUGAAGGAUAGCCUUAGUACACACCGAAUGCUGUAUCUUUUUAUGUUUUUAUACAUUAGUUUUGUUUUCCAGUUACUGUUACAAAUAUACACUUGUUGGUUUUGAUAAUUUCUUGGAAAAAAAAACCUGUGAGCCACAGAAACUAGCAUAUAAUGUGCUAAUAUAAUAAAGGUUCAUCUUUUACAAAGAA